GCUGGUGGAAGCGUCCCCCCGAGCCUCUGCCCUGCCGGGGAGGCCCAAAACGAGGACCGAGACCGUGGGGCCGCCCAGGGGCGCGGGCGUUGGUGGGCGCACCCGUCCCCGCGGCGAUGAGGGCGGGCCGGGACCCGGAAGAGGAGCUGCCGCCGACCGCCUGACUUCCCAGGCAGGCAGGCAGAACGGGCGGGCGCCAUGCUGCAGUUCUUGCUUGGUUUUACUCUUGGCAAUGUGGUUGGGAUGUAUCUGGCUCAGAACUAUGAUAUUCCUAACAUUGCAAAGAAGCUUGAAGAUUUUAAGAAGGAUGUGGAAGCUAAGAAGAAACCUCCCAGUGACAAGUCCUAAGGAAGCGGUGUUACCCAAGUCACCUCUGUGCAUGCAUCAAGGAUGCAAUUUAUCUUUCAGGCAACAAAGAUCAAGCAGAGGUUUGGCAUGGGAGCUUCCUCCGCUUUUAGUCUCCUAGAGCCAGAAUGUCCUGUUUUGAAAAAGCAACCAUGAACUUUUUGUGGGACUGAUUUUCAAGGGUUUCAGAAUUUUGGAUUUGCAAUGAUAUGACUGGAUAAGAUCACUUGUACUUUUCGUUAUUGCUUUUCCUAAUAUUUUAUAGCACGUUUUUACCUGAUCCAACUGGAGAAUAGUAUUAGUCCUGUUAUUAUGUAUACCUCAUACUUUGUAAUACCCUAAGUCUUAGAAUACCGCAAAAGAAAUUAAAUGCAUCGUGAA